AACUCAUAAAACAAAAAUGCAAAAUCAACAACAAAACGAAGAAACUUCUUCAACAAUGGACUCUUUUUUGUGUCCAAGUUUCAGCGUUUACUCUUCUAAUAACAUAAACGACGUCGCUCAACAAGUUACUAAUGAAAACGACAACUCACACUCUCAAAACGACGAUUUCGAAUUCGUCGCGUUUCGUAGUCACCGUCGCAAUGCAGCAGACGUUUCCCCGAUCUUCAAUCGCGACGAGAGAAGAAACUCCGACGCGAUGGACAUUUCAAUUUCAUUGAAAAAUUUGUUGAUCGGAGAUGAGAAACCGAAACUUAACGGCGGUGGAAGAAGAAACUCCGAUGCUGCGGAGAUUUUGUAUUCGUUGAAGAAGCUUUUCAUCGGAAAUGAGAAAGAGAAAUGGACUUCGUCGGAGGUGGAAGACGAUCUGGAUUCGAUUCCGGCGGAGUCGUAUUGUUUCUGGACUCCAAAAUCAUCAUCUCUGAUUGCUUCUCCGAAGACUUCUCCGAUGAAUUCUACGAUCAAAUGUAAGAAAAGCAAUUCAACUGGUUCGUCUUCGAAUACUUCAUCUUCGCGAUGGAAGUUUCUAAGCUUACUACGGCGAAGCAAAAGCGACGGAAAAGAGUCGUUGAAUAUGGUAACUCCAGCAAAAAAGGAGAAUUUAAAGCUGAAUAGCGGUGGCAAUGGAAACGUUGUUGGAAAAAAGAUUCCGGCGACGGAGAAGAAAACUCCGGCGACAGUGUCGGCGAUGGAAGUGUUUUAUGGAAGAAAGAAAGAGACGAGGGUAAAAUCGUAUUUACCUUAUAAGAAAGAGUUAAUUGGGUUUAGUGUUGGGUUUAAUGCUAAUGUUGGAAGAGGUUUUCCUCUUCAUGUUUGAUUUAUUUUAAUUCAAAUUUUAACUAUUUUUAGUCCAAAAAA